UUUGGCAUCUGACAUUAGAGCUCACUCUCUGCAAUGGCAGCAGCCCUACGAAGCCACUGCAGCAGAGGAGUUUGACUGGACCUUCUUUUUUUCUUUUCUUUUUUUUGUCCUCUCUACACUUUGAACAGACUUUAGUUAAAUGAUGGAUAUCCUUCACUGCAGGGACUGACUGGGACCGGACACGCCUGUUGUGAGCUGAAAGCAGUUUUGUUGCCUUGGUGGUGAUCCAGCAUCACUCAAUCAUGACCAAAGAGGAGGAAAUCCCUGACUGGGUGGGAGCCCAGGAGUUCUAUGACAAAUAUGAUCCCAAGGAGAUUCUGGGAAGGGGAGUGAGCAGUGUGGUGCGUCGUUGUGUCGACAAGCGGUCAUCUCAGGAUUAUGCAGUGAAGAUCAUUGACAUCACACCCUCGGACAAGAUGACCUCAGAAGAGAUCGAGGAGAUCCGAGAGGCAACAGAGAAGGAGAUUGAUAUCCUGAAGAAAGUCUACGGACAGGACAACAUCAUACAGCUGAAAGACUGCUACGAGUCCAGCGCCUUCUUCUUUCUAGUUUUUGAUCUGAUGAAGAGAGGUGAACUUUUUGACUACCUCACAGAGAAGGUUACCCUGAGUGAAAAGGAAACCAGGAAUAUCAUGCGUGCUCUGAUGGAGGUGGUCCAGUUCCUCCACGACCAGAACAUUGUCCACAGGGACCUGAAGCCUGAGAACAUCCUCCUGGAUGACAAUAUGAACAUCAAACUCACCGACUUUGGCUUCUCUGUGCAAGUCCAGGAGGGAGAGAGGCUCAAAGAGGUGUGUGGGACUCCUGGUUAUCUUGCACCUGAGAUCAUUGAGUGCUCCAUGGACCCAGGACAUAUAGGAUAUGGUACUCCUGUGGACAUAUGGAGUUCAGGUGUGAUCAUGUACACGCUGCUCGCAGGCUCUCCACCCUUCUGGCACAGGAAGCAGAUGCUGAUGCUGCGUAUGAUCUUGGCGGGAAAAUAUGACUUCUCAUCUCCAGAGUGGGAGGACCGCUCAGAUACUGUUAAAGAUUUGAUCUCUCGGAUGUUGGUGGUGGACCCGAAGCAGCGUUUCACAGCUAAAGAUGUUCUCAACCAUUCAUUCUUCUCACAGUAUGUGGUGAAUGAAGUACGACAAUUCACCCCGUACAGGCGUUUCAAGGUCAUUUGCAUGACCGUGCUUGCCACAAUGAGAAUCUACUGCAACUAUCGCCGAGCCAAGCCUGUUACUAAGGAGGUGAUCAAGAGUGACCCAUAUGCUGUGAAGCCCAUCCGCAAGCUCAUUGAUGCAUGUGCAUUCAAGAUCUACGGCCACUGGGUCAAGAAGGGCCAAACUCAGAACAGAGCAGCACUUUUCGAGAACACUCCCAAAACCAUCCUGCUGUCUAUAGCUGCCGAGGCAGACGAGCCAGCCCACAGCAUCUGGUAAUAAACAGUCGUUCCUCAGGGCGCGUCUGUUGGAGCUUAAAGGUAUACUAUGCAGGAUUUCUUGGUUGGUGUGUUUAAACACACAGUAUUCAAAGUUGGUCCCUCCUCCCUGGCUCAAUGAAUGAGGGAGAGGAAAAGAGAGAGUGAGCAUCAAUGGUUGAGCGAGCUACAGUGUGUAUGAAGGGAACAAAUGGCACUGGCAAGAAAAAAGUUGUGAAUCAGAUAAAACAUUAUAUUUCACAGCGGAUAUGAUCUGAGGCACAAAUAAACACGCACACGCCUUCACACAAUGCUGCGGGGAGAUGCAGCAUUGCUCGAUCCUGUCUGCUAUGGCCUCUCUGCUUUGUGUGUGUAGCUCAGCCCCGACCACAGACCUGCAGCUCUUUUUACAUCCAUGACACACAGACAGAGAGCAGAGUUGAGCAGAGGAGAGAGACGGAGACAGUACUGUAAUCUGGUCACUGUGCUAAAAGUCCCAACCUCCCACUCUGCACGCUGUUACUGGCUGAGGGCUACAGACCCACUGCCCAAAGGUUGAUAGCCAGAGACGUAAAUUAUAAGAAAAUAAGAAAUUACAGGCAGAGUCCCUGCAGAUGAAUACACCACCUUACACUUCUAGUGGGUCGUAGUGAUGUAUGAGUCUAAACAUUGUUUUGUUUUUAGGAAAAUCCUGUGUAGUAUACCUUUAAUUUGGAGACACCUCUGCUCAGUGUGGCUUUUUCGUACCCUUCCCCAUUUUCUCCUACAAAAAUUAGUAUAAUGCACUGUGCAAAUGUUUUACCUCAAGACCUGCAGUGGAAAACAAAACAUCUACAGGAAUACCACAGAGAAUAUAAUUCACUGUUUAACAUUUUACCUUCACUUGUCCUAAUGGUACAUCAAAUUACUGUUAAAAUAACAGAUAAUGUUUUUUUUUUUUAAAGAGAUAAAAAAGGUGAAACUCUUUUCUUAAAACUGCAUAAUUGUUUUCUUGAUGCUGGCAGUCACUGAUAUUAUCAGAGACUAACUGUUUAACAGUACGCAGCACUGUUCUUAUUUAAUAGGUUGGAAACACUGUAUCCACUUUUAUCUCUCAGUCAUCUGGGGCUUUCAUUCAUAACAUUAAUUUGUCCAAGUGGGAGAUAUUAACUAAUUUAAAAUAUGUUGUUAAAAAUGCAAAUAUAUGUAGAUUGAAAAUGUGAUUUAUCAUAUUCAUAUUAAUUGAUUAGAUAUGGUGGUGCAGUGGUUAGCAUUGUAGCCUAACAGCAAGAAGGUUCUGCUUUGGAUCCACCGGCCUGCUGGAGCCCUUCUGUGUGGAGUUUGCAUGUUCCCCUUGUACCUUUGGGGGUGCUCCAGCUUCCUCCCACAGAUUAAAACAUGAAGUUUAAGUUAAUUGGUAGCCCCUAAUUGCCCCUGGGUGUGAAUGGUUGUCUGUCUCUAUAUGUGAGCCCUGUGAUUGACUGGUGACCUGUACAGGGUGUUCCCCGCCUCUCACCCAAUGUCAGCAGAGAUUGGCUCCAGUUCCCCCGUGACCUUUUAGACGAUAAGUGGUAAAGAUGGAUGGAUGUGGGGAGCCCUGGUAGGCCAUCUGGUAGAGAAUAUACCAUCCAUCAAAGUUGGGUCCUUAACCACAGUGGCCUAGAAUCCAGUCCGGGCCCUUUUCUGCAUGUUGUCCCUUCCCUACUCCCAGCCUUUUGUCUCUCUACAAUCACCAUCAAAUAAAACAGAAAUGCCAAAUAUGUAAAAAGAAAAAAAAAUACAGGUUACUCUUUGCAGAACUGUGAAUAAUUGGCUCUUUACAGAAGCCAAAGCAAAAUAAAACUUUACAUUUGUCUGACAGGAAAAUGAGAGAACCUGCAUACUUGAAAUUACAUUAGACUUAGAUAUUUGGUCAAUAUGCAUGAUGUAUUGUACUGUACUGACAACUUCACUGGAAGUUUUAAAGAUUUUAGCACUUUGAAUGAAUUGUAUGUCAUGGCUUUAUUUAUUAAAACUUGCAUUUCACA